UUGCUCAAGGACCACAAAUUGGUAGCAAAGGAGGCUAAGAGUUUAUUUGGGCAAAAGAAGAUCGAUUACUUGGGCCAUGUAGUUUCGGAGAAGGGGCUAUCAGUUGAUCCAACCAAAAUUCAAGCCAUUUUACAAUGGCCAGUUCCACAAAAUGUAAAGGAGGUUCGUAGUUUUUUGGGACUUGCUGGUUAUUAUCGCCAGUUUAUCCGCCAAUAUGCUUCUAUCGCUAGUCCAAUAAUGGAUUUGUUGCAAAAGGAACCAUUCAAGUGGACUGAUCAAGCCCAAGAGUCAUUUGAAAUUCUCAAGAAUGCAUUAGGCUCUGCUCCAGUUCUUUCUUUGCCCGACUUCUCAUUGGAAUUCCAUAUUGAAACAGAUGCUUCUGAGUUAGGAAUUGGGCUUGUGCUAUCUUAG